AUGUCGCCCAUGGUGGACGAGACUGCGGGGGAUCUCCCAGUACGGGACGUUGGUCUGUCAAUGCCAGGUUUGUUUCCACUCGUCUAAAAUGCCGUAUGUGAUUCGGUGAAGCCGUGGAAGAAGCAUCACAUCAUGAUUACAAAAGAUCCGCAGCGGCUAUUUCGUCUCCCCAGAGAGCAACUGGAGGAUCUUUGCCUUAACAUCCAAGAAGAAAACGUUGUGCUGAGAAAGCACACACGAGCGCAGGAGCAGAAGAUGCGCAGGAUGUCCACCAGACUGAUGCGUCUCCGUCAGGCGGGGCCCGGCUCCGGCGGCGCCAAGGAGAAGGACAUGGAGGACACGCUGCAGGGGUUGGAAAGUCGCGUGGACACGCUGGAGAGCCAGAAAGUGAUAUUGCAAAAUAAACUCAGUUUGGCCAAGCAGCACAUUCUGGACUUGCGGGGUCGCACGCCUUACAGGGUCAGCAAAGCUGCAAAAUGUACAGAUGUGGAUGGCGGAGUCGGAAGGGCGGCUCACACAGCCCCGCCCCGAUAUUGUCCCCCGAUGGAAGACACCAGAGGAGACAUGGACAAAUUUAGUGUGAGCGAGCAGAUGAAGAUGAUGGAGCUCGAGGUGAGCGCCCGGACCCUUCGCGACACACUCCGAGUUAAAGAGAAAGAGAUGGAGGGAACCGUCAGGGAAAUAAAGAGGCAACAGGCGGAAAGGCACAGGAUCAACAUCAGAGAGAACGUUGACGUCAUCUGUCUGCAAAAGGAGCUUUCUGAGAAGAGCGCCACCCUGAGGGUCACGCAGGAGAAGAUCGCUGAUCUGCAACAGGCCUAUGAGAAGCAACUGGAGGAGAGUCAGAAGUCCCUCCGUGAAAGUCAGACUCUUCUUCUGGAGAAAGUGGAAGAACUGAGUGAAGAGCUGAAGCAGGAGCGUCACAGAGCGCUGAGACUGGAGGCUGAGCUGACGACCGCCAGCCUGUCUCUUCAGAACCUGGACAAGCUUCAAGAGCAUCUUGCAGACCUAGAAGGAGAGAAGGAUCGGAUAAAAGAAAACUACGACUCCCUACUGGAGAGAACUUUAUCGACCUACAACAGCCACGUGGACACACGCAUGGAGGUAGACGUGCAGACCGAAGAACCGGAGGAGCACGUCGGCAGGAUGGACAUCCAGAUCCUGGUGGCAACGCUGCAAACUGAGAAGGAGGAGAAAGGCCUAUUGCAGUCAGAGGUGGGGAAGCUCAAUCAAGAGAAGGAGAUGCUGGAGAGCCAACGUGACGCCAAAGUAAAACAUCUGGAGGAGGAGAUUCUUCAGUACAAGGAGGAGAUAUCCCGCCUGCGGAGCAGACUGGACUCGGUCACCAAGGAGUUCGACAUGAGCGUUGAAGACCUGAGCGAAACGCUUUUACAAAUCAAGGCCUUCAGGAUGCAGCAGGAGAGCAGGGAGGGUUUACGUUUCCUGCGGCCCGACAACGGGAAGGAGGAACCCCAGCCGCCCGACGUCCAAGCGUCGCACGCCGACACCGUGCUGGAGUUGCAGAAAGCCAGGAGCCUCCUUCUGCUGGAGCACCGCAUCAGUAAAGACCUUCAGGAGGAGCUUCACACGGUCAAGGAAAUGCUGGAGAUGGAGAGGAGCAAGCUGAGGACGGCCAUGGCAGAGAAAGACAAAGUUUUAUCCAAACGAGCUCUUCAGAUCAGGACAUUACAAGGCCAGUUGAAAGCCCUUGCGUACGCUGCCAAGAGUCAAAAAGGGACCGUGCCGCUGCAGUACACGUUGCCCGCCGGAAACCAGGAAGUAGUCCAGACCGUCCAGGAAGACAUUCCCUGCGCUCCUUUGAGGCUCGGAGAGUCCUUAUUGGAACUCCACCUUAAGGCGGCCACCUUCACCCCAGAAGGUCUUCGGCACAUGGGCGACCUUCAAGCGGACACGGUGACCUUCUGCACCUACGGCCUUUUGGACUUUGAAGUUCACUCCACGCCGUUGGUAGCGGGCGGCCAGCCCACUUACGGCUUCACCUCCCAGUACGCUUUGACGCCCCGAGAUCUGCUGAAGCUGCGGAGCCAGGGCGCCAGGGUCCGAGUGGAGGUCCACCAGGCCAUAGGAGGUGUCCGCUUUGUCACGCACGGGAGCGGACACUUGUCCCUCCUGGGGGCCAUGCAGAGGAGAGGGGAGCGCGACAAUGGCCGUGUCAACAUCACAGGCUCUGAGGGGGAAGUCGUCGGUGUUGUGGAUUUCUGGGCCCGUUUGUUCCCCCCCGCGGAGCCCACGGAGGACGUGUCGCUGAAAGACGGUGCCGGGAUCACAGCCACGCAGACAGUACCAACUCACACCACCUUGGGCUGGCGAGAAGACGGCCACGCAGUAAAUCAGAAUGUUAACCUUUGAAUAGAAAUUUUUAAAAAAGUCUCAUUUGUGACUCGUUGGCAGGACUUGUACGACUACGGCGGCGGGAUCCCUAACGAGCUGCUGCUGCUCCUGGACCGUUGCGAGGGUCUCAGCGGGCGAUGGCCCGGACUAGUUCCAGACGCAUACCUGACCUACAGGCUAUACGACCUGCCGCCUCACGUGUCCAAAACGAUCGCGGCCACCGCAGACCCGGUAUUCCGCGACAGCGCUAGCUACCCGCUAGCAGUCACAACAGAUGUGCUGCGCUACCUGCGGUCGAACAGUCUUUGGGUGUAUGUGUUUGAUGGGAGCGAUGAGCAGAUUCCACCGGCCUACUUGGCGAAAACACCCAUCCCGCUGAGAGCGCUGGCGACGGGCAAGGAGAUCACAGGCGACUACGUGCUACGUGAUCCCGCCGGCGGUCCGCGGGGUACGGUCCGGGUUCUAAUGAAGUGGAAAUAUCCCUUUCAACCUCCGGGGGAUGCCAUCGGAGGCAGCGAGCGGUGGCGGGAAGAAGGGCAAGGGUCACAGCGGCCCAUAGCCAAGCCCAGAGUCAAGACGCAGCAAUUUGGGCCAGCAGAGCCCAAAACAAGACAGAGGAGGACAAAAGCUUGUCCCGCGCCCGAGGACGUAAAACCAGUCGGAACCAAGCGACCGGACGAGAGGUCACCCGUCCUACGUGACAUUGCGCUGACCGCGUCUCCCGAUUCACCGCCGACAAUAUGUCCAGAAACAUCUUCCAGAGAGUCGCCGCUAAGAAAAAGCUCUGCCAGUGAAGGUGGUACUCUGAAUAUUCCCUCUGUGGAUGUGGUGUCAGUGGAUGAAGUGGAGGAGCUGGAGGAAGAGAAAAAUGAGGAGAGGAGCGAGAGUGAAUCUUCGCAUACCUCAACCAGCGACCUUCUGAUCGUGCCAUCCAAACCAAAGAAAAGACGGGGUAACAAACUGAGAGUGGAGAUCUUGUCCUUGACCUUUGAACCCUCUUCGCACGUGGCGCUGGACGAUUCGGUGCAGCGCGUCUACGUGGAAUACCGGCUGCUGGGCGUCCCCAUGGAGACCACCGAGACGCCCGUGUCCCUCCGCAAGCCCAGGGCGGGGGAGGAGAUUCACUAUAACUUCACUCGAGUCAUCUACGUGGACGGUUCCAUGUCUUCUCCACUCAGACGGUCUCUGUACACCAUGUUGGAGGGCAACGACCCCAAGAAGCGGCGGUUAAAGUUCACAGUCGUCAGCGAGCCGAUGGACGAGGAGGAGGAAUGCGUGGAUGUCGGUUACGCUUUUUUGGAUCUGCAGGAGCUGCUGCUGACGGGGAGUGACGUCAUUGAACGGCAAAUUGACAUUGUGCGUGUGGAUGAAGAGCAGGAGGUGAUUGGAUUCUUAAAAGUGUCGCUGGAGGCCGCCAAAACCCUGAGCGGUAUUUAUGAAGAGUUUCACCAGCCAGAAGAUACUGAGGAAGUCAGCGAGCAUGAAGAAGAGCAGAAGGAGAAAAAUAACAUUAAAGUGAUAGAAGAAGAUGACAGUGAUUUUUAAAAACAACAACAUUUCAGAUUAUUUUUAAACCCUGUGUGUGCCAUUUUUAUUCUUGGUGGUUAGUGUACAUGAGACUGAACGAU